AUGACUGCCUGUUUGAAGAUUGGGCGCGCUCCGCCAUUGGCGUCCAUGGAGGCAGUUGCUGCUUGCGUGCCUCUGAUGGACCCUCGAUACCUUCCUCAAGGCGAAAUGCAGUGGACCUGCCGAGUCUGGGUCAAGGCAGUCCUCGGUCGCCUGCGCGAGCUCGGCCUCGUGCUGCUUCCCGUUCCUGUUGACCUUAUCGAAAGAUUUGGUAUCCGGGCUGCAGAUAUUCUCAGAGUACUUCCCGCCAGUAAACUCAUCGACGACCUUAGCUGGAUUACAGGCCAGGGAGUGUUCAUCCCAGUACCAGUCCGUCCGUCCAUGAUGGCCCAAGUACCCGGAGCUCGCCCACCGCUGGUUGGUCAGCCUAUGGUUCCUCAGCCGGUUGUUCCCCAACCAAAUUUUGCUUGGCCGGGUGUUCGCCCGCCGAUGGUUACGGGGCCGGGAGUACACCCAAAUGUUGGACCGGCGAGGUUUGGACCAGGGCUCAGCAGCCUCAGCUACCAUCUCGUCAUCGUCAAGCUUCGUCCGCACCGCAAACCAUCCCUCCUUUCAUCCCCCCACCCCUCUUUUCGGUUGUGGAACUCGCGGUUCAAACCGAGCUCUCGUCGCAUCGCCCGCGGCAUCGUCCGUACCUCUGUCCUCACCAACCUGCAGAGCGACACAAUGUCGGCCAAAUACGCCGUGGUCUCGCUGCCCCUCAGUGCCUUCGACUCGAGCGACCGCGAGGACGCCCUGUCGUCCCUCCGCGGCACCGUCGCCGACAAUGGCAACGUCGUUGCCUUUAAGAUCCCCGACUUCAAGAUUGGCACCCUUGACGGACUGGUGCAGCACGCCGACGACUUGGCCAAGCUCGAAGCCAACUGCGAGGCGGUCGUCGCCAAGGUUGCCGACUCUCUACGCUCCGUGCUCGAUGGCGACCCAGACCGACUGGCCUCCUACAAGAUGGUCAACGAUAAGCCUACCGAUCAUUAUCUGAGCAACUUUAGCUGGAACAAGGUUCGAUACCGUUCCGACAAGCCGCUCAGCGAGCUCAUCGAUACGCUGCAAAAAGAGCUGGUCACGGUCGACAACGACGUCAAGACAAAGUUCAAUCAGUACAACUCUGUCAAAACAAAUCUCGCUUCUCUACAGCGAAGACAACAGGGGAACCUUGCGACCAAGUCCUUGGCCCCCAUUGUCGACCCCUCAUUGCUGGUUACCGAUUCCGAAUACCUCGAAGCCCACCUGAUCGCUGUCCCCAAAAACUACAAGAAGGACUUUCUCAAGGAAUACGAGACACUCGCGCCCAUGGUUGUUCCACGAUCUUCCAUCGAGAUUGAUCACGACGACGAAUUCAUCCUGUUUGCCGUCACGACGUUUAAGAAACACAGUGCCGAGUUUCUGCAAAAGUGUCGCGAGCAAAAAUGGACGCCUCGUCAGUUCAAAUAUGUCGAGGGCGGCCGCGAGGAGGAGCAGCGCGAGCUGGACCGCGUCACCAACGAGGAGCGCAAGGUCUGCGGCGAGGCUUUGCGUAUGGGACGCACUGGUUGGAGCGAAAGUGUCAUGGUCUGGAUGCAUGUCCUGACGCUACGAGUAUUUGUUGAGGCAGUCCUCAGAUACGGUUUACCUCUGGAAUAUCUGUCGGCGUUGGUCAAGACAACAACCAAGCAUUCAGACAAGGUCAAGACGGCAUUGGACAACAAGUACGCCUUCCUAGGCGGCAACGCGUUCGGGCGAGACAAGCGCGGACGAGUGACAAAGGAUGAUGCCGCGUUCAGCUCGGAAAUGGCAGCGGCGGGCCUGGCGACGGGUGAGGGCCAUGAAUACACGGCAUACGUCUACUACCAGGUAGAAUUUCCCUAA